AUGGCUUCAUCAUCACAAUCUAUUCCAGUGUUCAGGUCAAUUUUUCCAUUGAGUUCCUUUUCAUCUUCUGACGGGGAAGAUUUUUUUGAAGAACAUCAAAAAAGGAUGAAUGCAGUGAUGCAACUGUUAUCGCCUGAGAGGGUAAAGACAUUCUUUCGACGUCAUAAGAGAAGAUAUAUUAAGCGUGAUCGAGAGGAAGCAGCCCAGCGACUAUUCCAAGAUUAUUUUGCUGAAAAUCCCAUUUUUCCACCCGAGAUGUUUCGUAGACGAUUUCGGAUGCGCCGAAAGUUGUUUAUUCACAUUUUAAACGGUAUUACAGCAUAUGACGAAUGGUUCAUUCAGAAGCCUGAUGCUCCUGUACAAAAGAUGAGAGCUGCAAUACAUAUACUCGCAUAUGGAAUUUCAGCAGAUCUUUGUGAUGAGUACAUAAAGAUUUCUGAAACCACUGCGGUUGAAAGCUUGAAGCGCUUUUGUGAUACUGUAAUUGCAGUGUAUGCAGGGCAAUACCAACGCACACCGAACAAAGAGGACAUUGCACGCUUACUUCGAGAAGAGGAAGAAAGAGGCUUCCCAGGUAUGCUUGGCUCUAUAGAUUGUAUGCAUUGGGUAUGGAAGAACUGCCCUAUACGGUGGCAUGGCACACACGAGGGAAGAAAUCAUAAGCCUACCCUCAUAUUGAAGGCGCUUGCAUCGAAAAAUCUGUGGAUCUGGCAUGCUUUAUUUGGUAUGGCUGGUUCAAACAAUGAUGUGAAUGUCUUGGAUCAUUCCCCAGUAUUCAAUAGUAUGAUCAAUGGCACAAUGCCUCCGAUUAAUUACGAGGUAAAUGGGUAUCGACAUACAAUAGGGUAUUACCUAUCUGAUAGUAUUUAUCCCAAGUGGGCAACAUUAAUUUAG